GCCCUCUCCCCGGCCCCGCUCCGCAGCCUUCACUGGCGAUAAAAGCACUUGCAAAACCGACGGGAGAGCGCCGCCCCAUCAGCAGAUUUCAAACGAUUGCCUGAUAAAGGGAGGCUCUGCGCGUCUGCCCGGGUCUCUUCCCUUGGAACCGCGCGGCCGAUCGGAUCGCGGGAGCCGGCCCGCGGGCCCUGCAGAGCGGCGCUCCGGCCGCGGGAGCCCGGCGGCGGCGGCCCAGGAGGCAGCGGCGGCGGCAGCGGCAGCGGCAGGGCUCUUUUUGCUCUUGCAGAACUCACAGGAUCUCAAAGAAAUCUGUAGUCAGAACCGUGUGUGCACUUUUGCUGAGGAAAGAGCAGGAAGAGGAGCGUCUCCUAGGAACCCAGCGCUGGAGGAACGUGAGUCGGGAAGAAAAUUCUUGUAAGGAUGGUGUCCCACUCAGAGCUGAGGAAACUCUUCUGCUCGGCCGAUGCAGUGUGCUUUGACGUGGACAGCACGGUCAUCAGGGAAGAGGGGAUUGACGAGCUGGCCAAGAUCUGCGGCGUGGCGGAUGCUGUGUCAGAAAUGACCAAGCGAGCCAUGGGCGGGGCCGUGCCCUUCAGGGCCGCCCUCUCCGAGCGCUUAGCGCUGAUCCAGCCCUCCAGGGAGCAGGUGCAGAGGCUCAUCGCCGAGCACCCCCCCCACCUGACCCCGGGCAUACGGGAGCUCGUCAGUCGCCUACACGAGCGCAAUGUUCAGGUUUUCCUAAUAUCCGGUGGCUUUCGGAGCAUCGUAGAGCACGUUGCUUCAAAGCUUAAUAUCCCAUCGACCAAUGUAUUUGCCAAUAGGCUGAAGUUCUACUUCAAUGGUGAAUAUGCAGGUUUUGAUGAGACGCAGCCAACAGCUGACUCUGGCGGGAAAGGAAAAGUUAUUAAACUUUUAAAGGAAAAAUUUCACUUUAAGAGAAUAGUCAUGAUUGGAGACGGCGCCACGGACCUGGAAGCCUGUCCUCCCGCGGAUGUUUUCAUCGGCUUUGGAGGAAACGUGAUCAGGCAACAAGUAAAGGAAAACGCCAAAUGGUACAUCACCGAUUUUGUAGAACUUCUGGGAGCACUGGAAGAAUAAUCCAUUUUUAUACAGUUCACAACUUCAGAUUUUUAAAAAGUUACACAGUUUGAUACUGUUUGUUUACAAUUGCCUACUGCAACUUAAUGGAUACAUUUUGGUACUGAUUUUUUGGUACUGAUUAUCCGUACUUCCAAACUUUAGAAAGUCGCUUUUUCAAAAAAACUGUAGUUCAGUGUUAUUACGAACAUCAAUUACCUGGAGAGUUUUAUAAUCUGAAUUCUUUAUGUAUUUUCCUACCUUUAUUUUAUUUGAAGGUUUUUAAAAGUGGAGAGUAAAUUAAACACCUUCUCUACUGAAAAUGUGGAUUAGGCAGCGAGUUAUGAGGAAGUUAAUAUUAAGUGAAUAUUAGUUUUCCCUUUGAUACAUAAAUAAAAGUUUAUCCAUGUAUCAGAA